AUGCAGAGUAUAUUCAGGUGUGGCCUUUUGGUCUCACUGGCCUCUGCCAGUGUUACACAUCAGAAUCCCGCUAUAACCGGACCUGAUGUCUUGUCGCGAUGGCUAGACAUGCGGUCACCCGAGAAUGACACGACGAGCAACCUUAUGAGUCGAAGCCUGUCUCCAGAGCAGCUCUUCGGUAAGCGUGCCAGUGAGCCCCCUGGUGAGGGUGCGCUGCUCUGCCCCAACGGCGAGUGCGCCGACAAGAGUUGCUGUUCAGUCGAUGGUGUCUGUGGCUACGGCAAGGGCUUCUGUGACACAGGCUGCCAAAGCAACUGUGAUGCUACAGCCAUGUGCGGUGAACUGUCCGAGGGCGGCGAUAUCCCAUGUGGCCUCAACCUUUGCUGUAGCUCUGGCGGCUGGUGCGGUACUACAGAAACCCACUGCGUAGGCCCCAACAAGUGGUCUCUCUGCCAGCAAGGCUACGGCAGCUGCUCUAUGAUCAAGCCAAAGACAUGCGGCAAGGGCUCUGGCACCGCCGACAAGCGAAUGAUCGGCUACUACCAGGCCAACAAUAUGCGCAACCGCGCGUGCAACAAGGUCUACCCCAAGGAUAUCAAGACAGACAGCUACACGCACUUGUACUGGGCCUUUGCAACCAUCGACCCCAGCUCUUAUGCUGUUAAGCUUUCUGAUUCCGAGGAUGAGGAUAACGUCCGCGACUUUACUGCACUCAAGGGCAAGGGCAGAAACCUGCAGACCUGGGUGGCCGUGGGCGGCUACGACUUUAGUGACGAAGACAAGCCAACUCAUAAGACAUGGGCCAAACUCUGUGCCGAUGCUGGGCACCGCGCCGCCUUCAUCAAGUCAGCCGCUGCUUUCAUGGACAAGUACGGGUUCCAGGGCAUCGACCUUGACUGGGAGUAUCCCGGCGAACCGAAGCGCGGAGGAAGUCGUGCCGAUAUCGCCAACUUUGUCCUCCUGCUCAAGGACAUGAAGACCGCGUGGGGCAACAAGUACGGCAUCAGUCUGACUCUGGCUCCUGACUACUGGUACCUGCGAUAUUUCGAUGUCGCAGGACUGGAGCCAUAUGUAGAUCACUUUGGAUUCAUGGCUUAUGACUUGCACGGGUUCUGGGAUGCCGAUGUCAAGACUUUGGAUCCUAUUAUCCGAGGCCAAGCUGACAUUCGCGAGAUCGCAAACAACACCAUUCCGUUGGCUUAUGCAGGUGUUGAUUUUAACAAGAUUGUUUUUGGCGUCGCGUGGUAUGGCCGCGGAUACACCGUGACCAAUCCCUCGUGCAACACUCUCGGCUGUCCCUUUUCCGGGCCUAGCAACCCAGCCAAGUGCACCAACAGCGCGGGCGUCAUGUCUCUGCUGGAGAUCCAAGACAAGGUCAAGAAUGGGGCCAAGACUCGCCUUCUCAAGGACUCAGCCAUGAAGGAGCUCGUCUUUGACAACCAGUGGAUCGGCUACGACGACAGGGAGACAAUUGAACUGAAGCGCGAGUUCGCCAACAACUACUGCUUUGGCGGUCUGAUGGCCUGGAGCGUCGACUUUGAGCCCGGCACGGCAAGCAACAGCGGAGACUUGGAGCCUGAGAAGUCAAAGGACGGUAAAUGCGGACCCAAGAACAAGGGCGCCAUCUGCGAAGGCACCAGCUACGGCGACUGCUGCUCCGAGUAUGGCAGCUGUGGAUCCUCGGAGCUUCACUGUGGCACUGGCUGCGUCAGUGGCAAGUGUGUCAAGAAUGGUAAGUCGACCAACGGCCGAUGCGGCGCUGGCUUCCUCGGAGCUACAUGCAAGGGAACUAGCUACGGCGACUGCUGCUCGGCUGGAGGCUGGUGCGGUAGCUCUGACGGCCACUGUGGCGAUGGAUGCCAGAACGGCGCGUGCAAGAACGGUGGUGGUGGUGACGGCGAUACGACCAUCAUCGACCUCAAGAACAAGGGCACUCAAGCGGGUAAAACAGGCGACAACGGCGCUGACUGGCCCCAAGACCUCAAGGACGACAUCUGCAAGUACAAGUUCGACCAAGAGGAGGCCAGCGAGGUGUCCCUGACGUGGUUCAGCAGUGGUGCGGCCUACUGGUUCCGAGAGUGGCUCUUCAAGAACGGUGCCGAGAAAUGGACCGACAAGUUCUUCAAGGACGUCAUCGCCGGCGGCAAGCAGGGCAGUUCGACCUUUGACUGCAAGGAUCUCGGAUCGACAACGUGCACGGGUCCUGGUACUACGCCCUGCACUACCUACACGCCGCCCAUGGCCUUCUACGUGCAUGUGCAGAUCGCCAACAUGUUCAGCGCCUUCCACAAGAUCUGGGCCAAGAGCGUCAAUUUCAGCAUCCAGCAGUUGUCGAGUGGCAUCAAGGACAUUGUCAAAGAGUACGGCGACCCGCCCGCUGACGACCGCGGCAUGAUCCUGAACAUGCUUGUCGGCAUCCUCACCGCUGGCGCCGGUGUCGGUGCCGCGUCUCCUGGAAUCGCUGGUACACUCACCUUCUUUUCGGGCGCCUUCGCAUCGGCGUCUGCCAACAGUGGUAGCUUCAGCCCCAAGGUGACGGCCGAUGAUCUCGAGAACGAUCUCGAGAACGCUUACGGCACUGUCUUUAGCGCUGUGCUCAACGCCACCAACGGCUACGUCGAGGACGUCCUCUCUGGUAAGUUGCCUAGCAACAUGCAAGGGGGAGGUCUCACCGCUGAGGACUGGGUCUUUACCCGCUUUGCGAUGGGCGCCUGGCUAUCGGAGCCCCUCAUUACCAAGGCCAUGAACGCCUACGUCGAGGCCACACAUAAGAAAUGGCUCGAGUUUGCUAAGACAAGAGCUCUUAUGACCGGCCACAAUGGUAGAUAUUAUUCCUUGAUGGCGAGCCGUCCCGACACUGUGUGCGACCUGCAGAGAACCCAGGCCUCGGAUCCAGUAGGCAAGACGCAAAAGAUGACAAAGGAUGUCUGUACCAACAAACUAUCUGGAUGCAUCUGGCAUGACGACAAAUGCGUAUGCUUUGGAAUCACCCGCCGUGUCGUACAGAACCCCAAGAAUAAGUACACAGUAUUGACAUCAGUCGAAGUCGAUGCAAUGAAGAAGGUUGUGGAUGACUACGACGCCGCACUCGUUAAUAACUAUGAGUGCAAUAACGGCAAGCCCUCAGUGCCCACUCAGAAAGACUUGAGCGUCACCAAGCCCAUUCAGUAUCCCAAGUGUUUUAUUGCAUUUCCCACGCUUAGCAGUAAGGAGGAGUUCGGUUGUUCUAUUCCUAAGGACAAGUGGUAG